AUAAUGGACGUUGUUAUUUCCAAUGUGACGCUGGUGGACAACGGGAUGGGCAUCAUGCCCCUCAUCUAUGCUCCGCCCUCUCUGUCUCACGCUUACGCUGAUAAAACUGUGCAGAUCCAGAAUGCAUUGAUUGUCGGCACCAGCCCAAAUUUCGACUGUUCAGACACGCUAAGUUCCAGCGACGUCAACAUGGCCAUCAGCGCCUCGCACCGAGCACCCAGACCUCAACAAGGUAAAGCAGAGACCGAGCAGAGAUUUCACUUUCAUGAAGAUUAUACCAAGAGAUAA